GGAACUUCAGAGUAGUACUGGAAAAGUUUUGAGAUGCGAGUGGAUUUUAUUUUUUUUUUAAUUUUUUUUUUUGCUGUGGAGCUCAGCUUUGGCAGAGAAAAACCCUCCCUCACUGUAGGAUUUCCUUACAGGUGGCACCACAAGCUAGAACAAGGAACAGAAACAGCCUCCUGUGAUUUGUUUGUCCCCAAGUCUGGGCAGAGCUGCACUUCCCCACUGCUGUGAAGAGCUGGGCAAGGAUGGAUGGGACAUAAAGCAAAGCAGAAGUCCUGGAGCCUUAGUCACCAGUCUGAUGGACUUUCAGUUCACACUUUACGCCCCAACACUUGAAUUGUUUCUGUACUGUUGACAAAGGAAAAAUGACCUCUACUCUAGGCCCACCACCGCCAUACUACGAGAACAGGGGCUUCCAGCCAGAGCCCCCCUACGCUGCCAGGCCGGCAGCAGGUGCUCACCCCUACCCACAGCUCUUCUCCACAAACCCUCCCUCCGUGCCAAGCUACAUCCCAAGGGUUGCCACCCACCAGUCCACCAGGCCAGCGGCGCCCCCACCCAGGAGAACCUGUGCAGCCAGUCUAAGGAAAACCAUAAUAAUAAUAUUAUCUAUAUUAAUAGUCAUUUGUUGUGCAAUUGCUGCUUUCUUCAUAUGGUAUUUUGUAGAGAACAACUGUCUGAGCUCCCUGAUUGAGUGUGGCUCCUCAGGGGUGUGCAUGUCCCCCUCCCAGUGGUGUGAUGGAGUGAGCGACUGCCCCAACGGGGAGGACGAGACCCGCUGUGUUAGACUUUUUGGACCAAAUUUUAUCCUGCAAGUUUAUUCACCUGUCAGCAAAUCCUGGUAUCCUGUUUGCCAAGAUGACUGGAAUGAUGAUUAUGGGAAGAUUGCGUGCAAAGACAUGGGCUACAGCGUGGAUACAUAUUUCUACAGUCGUGGGGUACCUGACGUCAGCUUUAAGAGCUACAUGAAGCUGAACACAAGUGCUGGGAAUAUAGACUUGUACAAGAAGCUGUACACCAGUGGUUCCUGUGCCUCAGAAAGUGUGGUUUCCCUGCGCUGCAUAGAGUGUGGCCUGGCCAGCAAGAGCGCGAGCAUCAUGAACAGGAUCGUGGGCGGCAGCGGCGCCGUGCUGGGGCAGUGGCCGUGGCAGGUCAGCCUGCACGUGCAGGGCACCCACGUCUGUGGGGGCUCCAUCAUCACCCCACACUGGCUUGUGACAGCAGCACACUGCGUGGAAGGGCGACUGUCUGACCCACACAGCUGGAGGGUUUAUGCUGGGAUUCUCAAUCAGGAUGAGAUGCUCUUCAGAAGUGGAUACAAAGUCCAACUGAUAAUUUCCCACCCAGAUUAUGACACAGACUCCAAAGACAAUGAUGUUGCCCUUAUGAAGCUGGAGACACCACUGAGUUUUACUGAAAAUGUGAAGCCAGUUUGUCUGCCCAAUCCAGGAAUGAUGUUCCAGCCCAACCAGCAGUGCUGGAUAUCAGGGUGGGGAGCAGAGUACCAAGGAGGUAAAACAUCAAAUAAACUGAAUUACGUUGCGGUGCCCCUCAUAGAACGUUCCAGGUGUAAUGCUGUUUAUAUCUACAAUGGCAUGAUUCUGCCUACAAUGAUCUGUGCUGGAGACCUGGCAGGGGGAAUUGAUUCCUGUCAGGGUGACAGUGGAGGCCCUCUGGUGACUCAGCACCACUCUGUGUGGUGGCUGGUUGGAGACACCAGCUGGGGCACUGGCUGUGCCACUCCCAACAAACCUGGAGUGUAUGGGAAUAUGACUGUGUUUACAGACUGGAUUUAUAAAAAUAUGCAGGCAAACAGAUGACAAUACUCUCAUUGCUAAUCGAUGUUCCUGAGGACAAGAAUGAAUGAAGCCAUGGGGGCCUGGGAUAUUUAUUCACUUUGUGGUUGAUUUUAUUUUUCCUCUUUGAUUUUUCUUUUUAAAAGUAACAUGAAGGAUUGCACACUUGGUUCUGUGCUGGCUACAGUGACAGAUCUUAAUCAGUGAAGGAUUAUCACAAUGAGCACCUUUCUUCUCCUUGUGGUGCUUGGCAGACUCAUUCUGUCAGCUGCUUGCUGAAAUGUCUCUCUUUUGUUGAGUAACUUUCACUUGAUGAUCAGGCUUAUAAUGACAAUUUCAAUCAGAAUUUGAUUUCAGAUUUUCGUAGCAGGAUGCUGAGAGAGUUGGUUUAGUAGUUUUUAAAUUAAAUGUUAAGUAAUGUGAAUGUUGAAUCUCUGAGCUGCUGGUUGGCAAUUUUAAAAGAAAUUAAUUUUUUUUUUUAGUAUAGAAUUACAAAAUGGUUUGGGUUGGAAGGAACCUUAAGGAUCAUCCACUUCCAACCCCGCUGCCAUGGGCAGGGACACUUUCCACUAUCCCAGGUUGCUCAGAGCCCCAUCCAAACUGGCAUUAAACACUUCCAGGGCUGGACCAUCCUCAACUUCCCUGGGCAACCUGUUCCAGUGCCUCACCACCCUCACAGGGAAGAAUUCCUUCCUAAAAUCUAAUGUAAACGUGCCCUCUUUCAGUCUGAUGUCACUAGCCAUUGUCCUCUCACUCCAUGUCUUUGUCCACAGUCCCUCUCCAGCUCUCUUGUAGGCUCAUUAGGGACUGGAAAAGGUGGUGAGAUGUCCCCAGAGCCUUCCAGAGGCUGAGCAACCCCAGCUCUCUCAGCCUGUCUCCACAGCAGAGAUGCUCCAGCCCUUGGAACACCUUUGUGGCCUCCUCUGGACUCUCUCCAGCAGGUCUGUGCUGGGCAUCCCAGAGCUGGAUGCAGUAUUCCAGGUGGGGCCUCAGGAGAGUAGAGGGUGAGGCAUAUGUAUGAAGGGAAUUUUUCAUGCACUACAGUACAGGCACAGAAAAUAAAAUAAAAAAAAAAAUACUCACUGUCUAUUCAGGUAGUUAAAAAUCCUCAGGAUCUCAACACAGCCCUCAGUCAGAGUCAGACUGGUGCAGUCUGGCUGCCUCAGACCUUACAAAAAUGUGCCUUAAGCUGCUCUGAACCUAAAAUGGGAGAGUUGUCCAUGUGGGAGUUGGAGAGGGAUGUCCCAGGCAGGGAUGCUCUGGACAGGGAUGUCCCAGACAGAUGCCCGAGGACAGGGAUGUCCUGGAUAGAGAUAGGCUGGAUAGGAGGAUGCUCUGGACAGGGAUGUCCCAGACAGGGAUGUCCCAGGCAGGGAUGUCCUGGACAGGGAUGUGCCAUGCAGGAAUGCUGUGGACAGGAUGCCCUAGGCAGGGAUGUCACAGGGAUGUCACAGACAGGGAUGCCCUGGAUAGGGAUGUCCCAAGACAGGGAUGCUCUGGUCAGGGAUGCCCCAGGACUGGGAUGUCCUGGAUAGGGAUAGGCUGGAUAGGAGGAUGUCCCAGACAAGGAUGCCCCAAACAGGGAUGUCUCAAGCAGGGAUGCUCUGGUCAGGGAUGUCCCAGGACCGGGAUGCUCCAGGCAGGGAUGUCAUGGAUAGGGAUGUCCUGUACAAGAAUGCCCUGGACAGGGAUGCUCCAGGCAGAGAUGCCCCAGAGCUGCAGCAGGAGCAGUCCCAGUGCUGAGGGCCCUGUCUGAGCACAUUGAAGGUGACUUUUGACCUCUCCCUGCUGUGGGAGGGCAAAGGAGUGCAGGCAGGCUGUGCUGCACCUGCACCUGCACACACACACACACACACACACACACUGGGACUGGAUGUUCUCUACAAGGAAACACAAAGCUGCGUUUCUGCAGGACCAGAUGAACUACCUCAUUUGUUAAAUUUGGCUUCUGAUUCCUUAGAGCUCUCCUUUAUGUAUCCACCUGUAUGUUUUUAGCAAAAUGUAAUUUGUAUCCGAGUGCCACCCGACUGAGGAUUUUGAAAAUAAUUUAUAAUCGUGGUAGAGGAUCAAAAAGCCAUAUCAAGUCACUUUGUUAAGGAUAAAUCUUUAUUGAAUGAAAUGACUCUAGUAGUCUUGUUUUCUCUUUUGGUACUGAAAUGCAAUUAUCUUACAUGUAAACACUGCUCCAAAUAAAUUGGGUUUUUUUCCUUUUUUUUUUUUUU